CCAACCAUGAUGUUUCGAGACCAGGUUGGAGUAUUGGCAGGUUGGUUCAAAGGCUGGAAUGAGUGCGAACAGACAGUUGCUUUGCUUUCCUUAUUGAAGCGAGUGACUCGGAGUCAGGCCCGUUUCCUUCAGCUCUGCCUUGAGCAUUCCCUGGCCGACUGCACAGAACUGCACGUUCUGGAAAAUGAAGCCAACAGCCCUGGAAUCAUUAACCAGUGGCAGCAGGAAUCGAAGGACAAAGUGAUUUCUCUGUUGCUCACCCACCUGCCUUUGCUGAAGCCAGGGAAUAUUGAAGGAAAAGUGGAGUACAUGAAGCUUCUUCCAAAAAUCCUGGCUCAUUCAAUUGAACACAACCAACACAUAGAGGAGAGCAGGCAACUCCUGUCCUAUGCUUUGAUCCAUCCUGCCACAUCCCUGGAGGACAGGAGUGCUCUUGCCAUGUGGUUGAACCACUUGGAGGAUCGCACAUCAGGUAUUUUUGGCAGCCAAAACAGGGGCCGGUCUGACUCCGUGGAUUAUGGGCACUCACAUUACUAUCACCAAAGACAGAACUCGGAUGAUAAACUCAACGGCUGGCAGAGCUCUCGGGAUUCUGGCAUAUGUGUGAAUGCCUCCAGCUGGCAAGAUAAAAACCUGGCGUGUGAGAAUGGUCACCUCCCUCUCUAUUCCUCCUCCUCUGUUCCUACAACCAUCAACACGAUUGGAACUGGCACAGGCACAAUUCUCUCAAGUCAGACCCAUCACAGCCCUCUGAAACGGUCUGUGUCCCUCACCCCACCCAUGACUGUGCCUAGCCAGCCCCUCGGACACGGAUGGAUGUCUCAUGAGGACUUGCGGGAUAGAGGACCCCAGGGCAUCCCUUCUGAUCAUGCCCCCUUGUCUCCGCAAAGCAGUGUAGCCUCUUCAGGCAGUGGUGGGAGUGAACAUUUAGAAGAUCAGACUUCUACUCGUAACACAUUCCAGGAAGAAGGGAGUGGUAUGAAAGAUGUUCCUGCCUGGCUCAAAAGUCUGCGUCUCCAUAAGUAUGCUGCCCUUUUUUCCCAGAUGACCUAUGAUGAAAUGAUGUCCUUGACUGAAUGUCAGCUUGAGGCUCAAAACGUUACCAAAGGUGCAAGGCAUAAGAUUGUGAUCAGUAUCCAAAAGCUAAAAGAGAGGCAGAAUCUCCUCAAAUCCUUGGAAAGAGAUAUCCUAGAAGGAGGCAAUCUGCGCCUCCCAUUGCAGGAGCUUCACCAAAUGAUCCUUACCCCAAUCAAAGCCUACGCUUCUCGGAACCUGUCAGUGGAUGAGCACAGUCGGGAUCCUCAGCUCCGUCGACCAACUUCUCUGAUUGGCUCAGACAACCCAGGGUUGGAUUGCAAGGACUCUGCCUCAGGAGGAAUGCAGCAUCACACCUUACCUGGUUGUGAGGGGGAAUCUGGAGGUAUCCCUUCGCCAGAAGGGGACAUCCCAGGACAGUUUACUAAAGUGAUGGGAAAAGUUUGUACUCAGCUCCUUGUCUCCAGGCCUGACGAGGAGAAUAUAAGCUCCUAUCUACAACUCAUAGACAAAUGCCUAAUUCAUGAGGCAUUUACCGAGACACAGAAGAAAAGACUGUUGUCAUGGAAACAGCAGGUGCAAAAACUGUUCAGGUCUUUCCCUCGCAAAUCCAUCUUAGACCUCUCGGGAUACCGGCAGCAAAGAACCCGAGGUUUUGGCCAGUCAAACUCCUUACCGACAGCUGGAUCUGCAGGUGCAGGAAUGGGCAGAAGAAACCCACGCCAAUUCCAAAUUCCCUCUCGAAAUCUCCCCACUACACGGCUGGGGCUUUUGGGUCCCAGUGGCCUCCUAGGAGCCAGCCAGCGCAAUGGAGCUGCCAACCCCACUAUCUUAAAGCAAGGAAGACAG